UUGGUUGUCAACUAUUUGAGAUGAGGGGAUUUGAUAGUUUUGUGAUAUAGAGACUUUGGAAUUGGAAAUUUAUUUGAAAUUAAGGUAACUUGUUUUGCAUAGAAUCGUCGGGAAUCAUUUUAGAUUAUCGUGCCGUAAUAAAUUAUCGAAUGAUAAACUGUGUUAGACUAUCGAACAGUAAACUAAGUUAGACCAUUGAACAGUUCAUUUUUUUUAUAUUUAUUUUGUCGUAAUAGAGUAUCAAACGACCAGUAGAUAUUCAUGUGCCACAGCCAUGUGGGAUUGAGAAAUUGUUUUACUGAUGAGUUCUUUAUAUUUGUUUCAUCCAAUAUAAUUUCAUUACUUAUUUUAUAUCACUUUUUAAUUAAAAUAAUUAUGCUUGGUCAUACUAGUUGGGUAUGCUACUUAUUGGGCAUGUGGAGCUCACAUUGUUUUAUUUAAUGUUUUCAGAUACUAAACAUGGAGCAUCUGGGAGGUAGGGGAAAUAGAGAGCCACCUUAGAAAUAGACUAUUUACUUCUUUCCCAUUAUACUUAGCAUUUGUGGACAUUUGAAAUAAAGAGAUUUUAAUUUAGUGCUAGUUAUACUUGAGAUUCUUGGCUUUGCAUGAACUUUUUGUGGGUUGGAACCAUAGAGAGAGCAAGGAUGCCAACGGUCUCAUGGGAAAAUAUAUGUCUACCUAAAGAGGAAGGUGAUCUGGCAGGAUACAAGUCAUGCAAUAGACAAGCCAAGAUGGAAGCUGACUAACUAGUAAGUUUACUGUAGCCAAUUAUUAUGAAAGGCUAAGAAGAAAGCAAGGUGUGGAGUUGAGUAGCAUGUUAUGGUAUGGAGGUAAUGUGUCUAUAGCCAUGCAUUUAUUACAUGGUUAACACUAUUAAACAGGAUGAAGACUAAGGAUUUGAUGAUCAAAAGGGAAUUAUAACUUGAUCUUUGUUCUGUUUUGUGUAGUUGGCAAGCAGAGACCAGAAGUUGUUUAACUUUUUGAUUGCACAUACUCCAGAGCUGUAUGGGAGGCUAUACUCAUCAAGCUGUAGGUUUCUUGUCAUGUAGCCUCAUGGGAGAGUAGCUGGAGAUGGAUUAGUAAAAGAUUGAGAAGAAGGAAAUUAAGGAAGAAGUCCUCAAAGUAAGGUGUUCAAGAGUGCUUUUGCUACUGUCAUAUACUUCUUAUGGAGAGGGAGAAACAGCAGGAUCUUCAAGAAGGAAUCUCAUGCUCUUCAAGACUUCGUUUAUUGGAUUUUAUAUUUUAUUGAAUCUGUUAUCUAAUUGAGAAAGAACUAUGAUGUAAACCUUGGUAUGCCUGCGUAGGUGAUUGUACUGAAUUGCUUGAGUGGAAUGAAACCUUGCCUUCCUC